ACAUCACCCUCCCUUUGACAUUUUCUCUCCGUCGUUGUUACCCAAUAACACACAGAAAGUACAACAGAAUGUAGUUCAGAGGAAGAAGAGGGUCUGAUUAAAAAUUAAGCGCUUUGGUUUUUUACUCAUAUACUUGCAAGGCGGCACAGGGAGGAUGUCUCAGCUGUUGAGGCUUCUCUCGACAGCCGCGCUGCCUCUCAGCCGGGCAAUAGGAACCUCCGCUCGGCUAUCGGCGAUGCGGGCAGCCGGAUACCGGAGCGUGGUUCUUCGGAACUGUGGUCUUUUCGGUCGAUCACCGGCUAACUUCCUGACCUGUCGCAGGUUCCAGUCAGUUCAGCGACGGCUCUACUCUACUGAGCCCAAAGAUGGAAAAGGGGGAUCAUCGGGAGGAAGAUCAGGUGGAGGGAAGAGAGCGGGAGGAAAAGACUGGUGGAGUCGAAUGCAGAAGGGCGACUUUCCUUGGGAUGAGAAGGAUUUCCGUUACAUAGUGUUGACUGUGACCGGAGUCAGCUCAGCUCUGCUCUAUUUCUACUUCCGAGACAACGGCAGAGAGAUCAGCUGGAAGGACUUUGUCCACCGCUACCUGGGCAGAGGCUUGGUGGAACGGUUGGAGGUGGUCAACAAACAGUAUGUCAGAGUCAUUCUGGUGCCGGGAGCCCACGCUGAAACGAGUUACGUCUGGUUCAACAUCGGCAGUGUUGAUACUUUUGAGAGGAACCUGGAGGCUGCACACAUGGAGCUGGGCUUGGAAUCGACCCACCGAGCAGCUGUCGUCUACAGCUCUGAGAGCGACGGCUCUUUUGUGAUGAGCAUGAUCCCCACCCUCCUGCUGAUCGGCUUUCUGCUCUUCACUCUGCGACGAGGGUCGAUGGGAGGAGCCGGUGGCGGUGGGAGGGGCCCCUUCAGCAUGAGCGAGUCAACAGCCAAGAUGAUGAAGGACAACAUCGAAGUGAAGUUCAAGGAUGUGGCCGGCUGUGAGGAGGCCAAGCUGGAGAUCAUGGAGUUCGUGAACUUCCUGAAGAACCCGCAGCAGUACCAGGACCUCGGAGCCAAGAUCCCCAAGGGUGCGGUGCUGUCCGGACCUCCUGGGACGGGGAAGACUCUGCUGGCCAAAGCCACUGCUGGGGAGGCCAAUGUACCCUUCAUCACCGUAAACGGCUCUGAGUUCCUGGAGAUGUUUGUGGGCGUCGGCCCGGCCAGGGUGAGGGACAUGUUUGCCAUGGCGAGGAAGAACGCGCCCUGCAUCCUCUUCAUCGAUGAGAUCGAUGCUGUGGGGAGGAAGAGGGGGGGAGGGAACUUUGGUGGUCAGAGUGAACAGGAGAACACCCUGAACCAGCUGCUGGUGGAGAUGGAUGGUUUUAACACUGCUACUAACGUGGUGGUCCUGGCUGGAACCAACAGGCCGGACAUCCUGGAUCCAGCCCUGAUGAGGCCCGGACGCUUCGACAGACAGAUUUAUAUCGGUCCUCCUGACAUCAAAGGUCGAGCGUCCAUCUUUAAAGUCCACCUGCGACCAAUUAAACUGGACCCCAGUAUGGACAAAGAUGCUCUGGCGAGGAAAAUGGCCGCUGCUACGCCGGGAUUCACUGGCGCUGACAUCGCUAACGUCUGCAACGAGGCGGCUCUGAUCGCCGCCAGACACCUGGACGCAGGCGUCACCGCCAAACACUUCGAGCAAGCAAUUGAUCGGGUCAUCGGAGGUCUGGAGAAGAAGACUCAAGUCCUGCAGCCCACCGAGAAGAAGACCGUAGCUUACCACGAGGCCGGUCACGCCAUCGUCGGAUGGUUCCUGCAGCACGCCGACCCGCUGCUUAAGGUGUCAAUCAUCCCGCGGGGGAAGGGUCUGGGUUACGCCCAGUACCUGCCCAGAGAGCAGUACCUGUACAGCAAAGAGCAGCUGUUUGACAGGAUGUGUAUGAUGCUGGGAGGCCGUGUGGCAGAGCAGGUCUUCUUCGGUCGGAUCACCACCGGAGCUCAGGAUGACUUGAAGAAGGUCACACAGUCUGCCUACGCUCAGGUGGUUCAGUUUGGGAUGAGUGAGAAGGUGGGCCAGGUCUCCUUCGACCUCCCUCGUCAGGGUGAGAUGGUCAUGGAGAAGCCGUACAGCGAGGCCACGGCCGAGCUCAUCGAUGGGGAGGUCAGAGCGCUGGUGGACCGGGCGUACGAGCGCACCCUGCAGCUUAUUCAGGACAAGAAGGACCUGGUGGAGAUGGUGGGGAAGCGUCUGCUGGACAGGGAGGUGCUGGACAAGGCGGACAUGCUGGAGCUGCUGGGCCCACGGCCGUUCGAGGAGAAGUCCACGUACGAGGAGUUUGUUGAGGGGACGGGGAGCUUUGAGGAGGACACCAGCCUGCCGGAGGGUCUCAGGGACUGGAACCAGGAGAGAGGAGAGGAAGGAGAGGAGGCCAGCCCCACCAAGGACCAGAAGCAGGCCAUUUAAAGCCCCGAGACGCGUGGACAACUAAACAAACAUCCCAGCUCCAAAGACCAGCUCGGGGCUGAUUCAGUUCUACAGGGUCUGACAGCGGCUGAAGGAAGUUUCAUUGACUUGACUUCAUUUCCAUCCAGUUGUUGGCAUCCUGUUCGUUCCCUCAGCUCCAAAUAGGAACCUCGUCAGGUUUGGACUGAUGGAAGGAAAUAGAUUUUAGAUGUUUUCACAUGAAUGCAGUGAACAAACAUGCAUCAGGAGCAGAAUCUAUUUAUUUAGAGACAUAAAUGUCAUCUUUUUACAAUCCAAACUGAUUCAGAGGAGUUCAGCUUUUUUCUCUGAGCUUCAACCUGCCUUAAGACUCAUCAAACAGACCACAGACCAGGUCACAGCAGCUUUAUAGCUCCUGAACGGAGUGAUGCUCAGCCCAGCAGUACAGACUCAUCUUAUUUAUUUUAUGUGAACAGGGAGGUUUUCUCGUCGUGCUGCAGGAGAAACGGUUGACAGCGACGUGUUUCCGCUCCACAGCAGCUGUUUGGAUUCAUGUUACAGACACUUGAUGCUGUAAAACCACCAUCAUGUAAUUCUGUGUGAUGAUGAUGAUGAUGAUGAUGAUGAUGAUGAUGACGAUGGGCAGGAGGCUCCUGCAUCAUAAAACAGGAAUAUUAAAGAUUGAAUUCUCUGGAAAGUUAUGCUAAUUGGAAAAAAAAAAAGGGAUCAACAUACUUUAAAAGAAGCUUCUUCGUCUUCAUGGCUGCAGUGAACCAGGACUAAAACCUGCAGUCGAUGUCCAAAUACACCUAGAAAACCACUCCUCCAUGUUCAGUUCACGUCUCGGGGGGUUAGGGAAUCGAUUUGAUUCAUUUGCUGUUUAUGACUAUUUAUUUUGAUAGUUUUAAGUUGAACCACCAACUUUCUUCUAGGGCUCAUCUCCCACAGAGAAACAACUAAACAUGGCCGCUAGCAGGAAGAGCUCAGUCCCAGGAAGUGGGACUAAACUGGUUCAGGAACUGGUUCCGUCCCAGGAAGUGGGACUGAACUGGUUCAGGAACUGGUUCGUCCCAGGAAGUGGGACUAAACUGGUUCAGGAACUGGUUCCGUCCCAGGAAGUGGGACUGAACUGGUUCUGUCCCAGGAAGUGGGACUGAACUGGUUCAGGAACCAGCUCAGUCCCAGGAAGUGGGACUGAACCGGUUCAGGAACUGGUUCCGUUUUGUGACUUCAGACUCUGAACAAGUAACGACAUGUUGAUAAAUUAUUAUUAAGGUUGUUUUUAUCAAAGAUGGGAGGACAUUAGAUUUAUUUCAGCUCCUCAAACAGAGACAUGAUGCUGAGUGGGAGAAAUGAGUCAGCUGACACAUGAAAUUCUUUCACCAUGUUGUUUAUUUUGGGGAACUGUGGGUCAUAUUGGAGCCUGAUCAGAAACUGCCAGCUUUCAGAACCAGAUCUUCAGCAUGUAGAUGUUUAUUUCCACUCUGGUUCUGGUUAAUCUGCCGGGAAGCCCCCAGGGUGUGAGACCAGAACCAGAACGGUGUCUGAAAGCGUUAACAGAUAUACGGUGACGUGGGCCGUCAUUCGCUGCUGGGAUGUAGCUGAACAUGGACGAAGAGAUAAAAUGAACAGGACAGCGGCUCACAACCCGCUAAGAGACGACCUACAUCCUGGGAAUCAUUUUCACUCUGUGUACAUGAUGAGAAAGGUAUUUAGACAUUUUAUUCAUAACUAAAUAAAUGAAUAAAUAUC